AUGAGAGACUAUCGUUCCAAAGCUCCGACGGGAGGCGAAUUGCUCUGUGAGCUUCUCGCGAGUCACAAGGUGGACCAUGUGUUUGGAUAUCCUGGUGGUGCAGCUCUUCCUCUUUUUGAUGGAAUCUACAAGACCAAUCUGUUUCAAUUCAUCUUGUCUCACCAUGAACAAGGCGCCGGCCACAUGGCAGAAGGCUACGCCAACGCCAGCAUGAAACCAGGCGUUGUCAUAGUGACCUCCGGCCCUGGAAGCUCCAAUCUCGUCACGCCGAUGCUCAAUGCCCUUUUGGACGGUACACCCAUGGUGGCAAUCUGCGGCCAGGUAGCUACCGCGGUCCAGGGAACUGGAGCAUUCCAAGAAAUCGAGAUCAUGUCACUUGCUCAGACAUGUACAAAGUGGUGCGCUUCUGCGAAUAAGGUCCAUGAUUUGCCGGAAAUCAUGCACGAGGCGUUUCGUCAGGCCACCUCUAGUCGGCCCGGACCCGUCCUUGUUUCCAUACCGAAGGAUAUAGGCAACGCGGUUCUUGAAACAGUUUCACUUGGGUGCCCUCUGACACCACCAGAGGAAGAUGCGCCGAAAGAAUUCGUGCCCAGGGAAUUUAUGCCUCGGGCUACGCUUCCUGAUAUCACUUGUGAUAUCCAAAGCAUCCAGUCUCAGGUUAGCCAGGUCGCAGCGCUUGUUAACAAUGCCCAGCGUCCGGUCAUAUGUGCUGGUCAUGGAGUCUCCGCUUGUGAAGACGGACCCGCAUUGCUGUCUCAAAUUGCAGAGCGAUACAGAAUUCCUGUCACAACCACCUUGUUGGGACUGGGAUCCUUUGACGAAGAGCAUGAGCUGGCCUUACAUAUGAUAGGUACUUAUGGUGCGCCUUAUGCCAACUACGCCCUUCAGAGUGCCGACCUCGUACUUGUCUUUGGAGCCCGUCUGGACGAGAGAGCUGUCGGCAGUCCAGCUGGGUAUGCACCCAAAGCUAGAGAAGCCGCUUGCACUGGAAAAGGAGGGAUCAUUCAAUUUGAUUUCCACCCAGAGAGUGUGGCCAAGGUUGUCAAACCAACACAGCUCAUAGUGGGCGAUUUGGCCGUGACCUUACCCCUUCUGCUCUCUCGGCUAGAAGAAAGAGACAACCAUUCAUGGCUGGAUCAGGUGAAGACUUGGAAAAAGCGAUUCGCAUUCCGAACUCCUCUAACAGACCUGACCAGCCUGUGUUCUCCACAGCAGGUCAUUGCAGAGGUCGACCACCAGACAGCACCAUUCAAGCACUGCACUACUCUGACCACAGGUGUGGGACAGCAUCAAAUGUGGGCAGCGCAGCGCUACAACUUCAGAUCUCCCCGGUCCUUCAUUACAUCUGGAGCUCUAGGAACCAUGGGGUUCGGAGUCCCUGCCGCCAUUGGAGCUCAGGUGGCUCAGCCAAAUCACAUAGUGAUUGAUAUCGACGGUGAUGCCUCAUUCUGCAUGACUAUGGAAGAGCUUCUCACCGCGUCGCAGUACAACAUUCCUAUCAAAGUUAUUGUGUUGAACAAUGAAACUCAAGGAAUGAUUGCCCAGCUCCAGCGGUCUGAUUACGAUGGUCGGAUUUGCUACAACCGCCAGGCCAAUCCCAAUUUUGUGCAGCUUGCCGAGAGCAUGGGAUGUGGGAGUCGGCAAUGUGGUAGCUCUGGGGAGCUUUCAGAUUGUAUCCGGUGGCUACUAGAGUGUCGGGGACCGGCAUUGUUAGAGGUCUUGGUGCAAGAGGUGGAAAUGCUCCCAAUUGUGCCGAAUGGAAAGGCACUGGAUCUAAUCAAACUGGAAUCUGACUCUGUUGAAACUUUGCUGGCUUGA